AUGUCAAACGGUAUUACUACGAAACUACGAAUCGGUGUCUUAGAAGUGCAAGGAGCCUUUCAAGAGCAUAAGAAUGCUUUAAACAAAGCCGCUAAAGAACUGAACGAUCGUUAUAUUCUAGUGGAAGUGACCGAAGUUCGGCAUUCUGAUCAUAUAACUGACGAAUUGAAUGGUUUGAUCAUACCGGGAGGCGAGAGCACAGCGAUAAGCCUAUUUCUAAAGAGAAACAACAUGGAGGAACCGCUUAGAACAUGGAUAAGAGACAAGAAUCAUAUAACGUGGGGAACCUGCGCCGGAAUGAUUUUGUUGGCCAAGGAAACAGAACAUCAAAAGCAAGGAGGUCAAAUCUCAUUAAAUUGUAUGGAUACGGUAGUUUCCAGAAACUAUUUUGGACGUCAGAUUAACAGUUUUGAAGCAGACUUCCGAAUAACUGAUCCAGAUCUUAUAUCUAAAACUAAUGCAGAAACAGACUAUUUUCAUGGAGUAUUCAUACGUGCACCAGCAAUAUUACGAACCACUUGUUCAGACGUAGAAGUCCUAGCUACAUUAGAAGAGAAUUCAGAAUCUAGCGUCAUUGUUGCUGCCCGACAAGGAAAUAUACUUUGUACCUCGUUCCAUCCAGAACUCACUGAAGACACGAGAUGGCAUCGGUACUUUUUAAAAAUGAUUUUGAAUCGGGUGGUUUAA